GCAGGAGGAGGAGGAGGAGGUGGUGGAGGCUAUGGUUUUGUUGCUGGAAUAAAGGAGGAAGCCAAGACGCCUUUCACACCAGAGGGGAAGCAGGAUGUGCUGACCAGGCUGAUUACAGUACUUGUGUUCUCUGAGCUCUCAGUAUGAAUGAACAAGACACAAAAGCAUCUCUACCUUUCUCCAUUCCCCGGUUUCUUUUCUUACUAAUGGUGCUCAUCACAUUGCUGAUCCUAAUUACGAAUAUUCAUCGUUCAGAGUGCAAUUAUUAUUCGUGCUCUGGACCAGCAUCAAAUUGGAAGAAUUUCUCAGAUCCAAAAUUAUAUCCAUCAAACAAUCAGCAGAUGGUGAUGAAUAACUUUCCAUGGUUGGUCAAACUGAUAAACUGUGGGUACAGGAAUGAAAGCUUUACAGCUGUGGAAAGAACUGAGGGAAUGUUUCUGUUGAAAAUGAUUGAAUGGCCAAACUCACCUGGAACUCGCACACCCGUACUGAAAAGCACUGACCCGUCACAUUCUCACUUUCUUAUUUUAAACUCUCAGAACACUUUCCACGUUGGGGAUCAGUUACAGGUGAUGGUCCACAUGUAUGAUUUUUCAGGACACCCAAAGCAAUACGGAGGUGACUAUCUCCAGGCCCGGAUCCACACCCCAGAGCUCAAAGCGGGUUCAGUGGGAACAGUUGUCGAUUAUCUAAAUGGAUCGUACAAGAUCAAUUUUACUUUAUUCUGGUCGGGGAAAGUUAAGGUGUCCGUAAGCUUGGUUCAUCCCAGUGAAGCGAUUCAAGUGCUCAAAAGGAUACGUGAUGAACGGCCAGAUAAGGUGUACUUCCAGAGUAAGUUCAGAUCCGGGACAACCACAGAGAAAACUCAGUGCAAUCUUUGUUUGCCUGAUGAUUUGCCUAUCUGUAACUUUACUGAUCUCAAGACUGGGGAACCUUGGUUCUGUUAUAAACCAAAGAAGCUGCCCUGCUCUGCUCGUGUCAACCAUGCUAGAGGAGGCUACCAGAAUGGUCUCUUAAUGACAGAAGAGAGUCGUUUUUUCCAAAGCAAAGUCAACCUCCAGAAGCCCAUAUUACCCAGUGGUCCAGAUUAUGUAACUGUAGAGGCUUCGUCUCGAGCAGGUGCAAGUCUCGGACAGUGUGUCCGUGGGAUGUCUCUGACUUCACCGUCAGGUUUUUACUAUAAGGACCAGUGGAUGUUGACACAAUGUAAUAUUCGCCGCUUCAACACUCCUACAAGCAUUAUAGACUGUCUACAGGGAAAAGUGGUUCAUCUUUUGGGAGAUUCUACUAUACGACAGUGGUUUGAAUAUUUGGAUGAAUUUCUACCGGAUCUUACAAAGUUUGAUUUUGGCGAAACUAAAAAAAAUGGUCCUUAUACUGCUGUGGAUAUAGCGAACAAGAUCAUGGUGAAAUAUCGAUGCCAUGGUCCACCAAUUGAAUUCUCUGAUGUUUCAAGUCAACAUCUGCAUUACAUCGCAAAUGAGCUGGAUGAAAUUAGAGGAGGAAAGAACUCAGUUAUAGCAAUCACCAUCUGGGCACAUUUCAGCACUUUUCCGGUGGAAGUUUACAUACGAAGACUACAGAAUAUUCGGAGAUCAAUUGUACAAUUACUGAACAGAAGUCCGGAUACACAAAUUAUAAUGAAGACAGCCAAUGUACGCGCCCUCAAACCCGAGCACAGCAUCUUCCACAACGACUGGAAUUGCUUUCAGCUUGAUUCAGUGUUGAAAAAAAUGUUCAAGGACAUCAAUGUAGCAUUUGUGGAUGCCUGGGAGAUGACUAUAGCACAUUACCUGCCACAUGACAUACACCCAAAGCCAAUCAUUAUAAAGAAUGAAAUAGAUGUAUUUCUUUCAUAUUUGUGUCCUUUUAAAAAUGCAUAA